UGCCUCAGAGUGAAGUAACAGCCAUGUAUCUGAACAGGGAAGAGGACAAUAGCAAAGGCUCAGUGUCCCUCAGUGUGUUCCUGGUCUCCCUCGCAGUGACAGUGUGUGCUGUUUGGCUGGUGGCUCUUUGUGGCGUCUGUGGUUGGUGUCAACGCAAGCUGGGGAAGAGGAAUAAGCCAGGAGUGGAGACAGCAGACACUCCAGACUCGGCACGUGGGCGAGGGGAGAAGAAAGCCAUCAACCACAGUGAUCUAGACAGAGACUUUUGGAAUAACAAUGACAGCAGCACAGUGCAGCAGAGGUGGAGCUCCUAUCCGCCAAAGGAGUUCGUACUAAACAUUUCUCCCUAUGCCCCAUAUGGAGAUCCUCGCCUCACACUCAAUGAAGGGAAGAUGGUCGUCAUGGCUUUGGCCAUUGGUGUGGCCGAGCAAGAUGACUUUGCCAAUAUCCCUGACCUGCAGGAAACAGCGCAGGCAGCACCAGCAGCCAAUCAGGAGCCCCCUCCUGAGAAGAGGGGUAACAAGCCUGCUAACAGCCCCAAGGGCCAGCCUCCCGAUGCUGACGGCCACUCCUCCGUAACCGACCUGGCCAACUCACUCACUGGAGACAUGGUGAUGUUGUCUCCAGGUUCGGAGGAUGAUGACGGUGAAGGUCCUAUCAGUGAGAAGCUGGGCCGGAUCCAGUUCAGCAUAGGCUACAGCUUCCAGAACACAACCCUCACCGUCAAAGUGCUCAGGGGUCAGGAGCUACCGGCUAAGGACUUCUCCGGCACCUCCGACCCCUUUGUUAAAAUCUACCUGCUGCCCGACAAGAAGCACAAGCUGGAGACCAAGGUCAAGAGGAAGAACCUCAACCCCCACUGGAACGAAACCUUCCUAUUUGAGGGCUUCCCUUAUGAGAAAGUGAGAGAGCGCACUCUAUACCUUCAGGUGUUGGACUACGACCGCUUCAGCAGGAAUGACCCCAUUGGAGAGGUGUCAAUCCCCCUUAACAAGGUGGAACUGGGCCAGAUAAAGACCUUCUGGAAGGAGCUCAAGCCCUGCAGUGAUGGCAGCGGGAGACGAGGAGACCUGCUGGUGUCUCUCUGCUAUAAUCCCACUGCCAACACCAUCACUGUGAACAUCAUCAAAGCGCGCAAUCUCAAAGCCAUGGAUAUCGGGGGCACGUCAGAUCCAUAUGUGAAGGUGUGGCUGAUGCACAAGGACAAGCGUGUAGAGAAGAAAAAGACAGUGACGAUGAAGCGCUGUCUGAACCCCAUCUUCAACGAGUCCUUCCCCUUCGAUGUGCCCGCCCAUGUGCUGAGGGAGACCACCAUCAUCAUCACCGUCAUGGACAAGGACAGGCUCAGCCGCAACGACGUUAUCGGCAAGAUCUACCUAUCGUGGAAGAGUGGACCAGCGGAGGUGAAGCACUGGAAAGACAUGCUCGCUCGGCCGCGUACUAACGUCGCCCAGUGGCACGCUCUAAAGGCCUGAUCGCACCGCCCAGCUCCCUCCAUGGCCCCUUCCCGUCUCCUAUUCCCCCUCUUCCCUCCCCUCCUCUCACUCCCGUCCUUAUGCACAAGACUGACUUGCUGCCAGGCUGCGAAACACGGGUACAAUUAGCCAUCUGCUCUCUUAAACCUUUAAACUCUUCUUUCAAAAUCUCUAUUCCUCCAAAACUCUCUCUUCUUGUUUUCCCUGCUCUUCAUACAGCUGUGUCUUAAUUUCUGUCUCCCCACUUGCCAAUGGUCCCCCUGUUUCUGACUGUCUGUAUGUCUGUCUGUCCUUAUGCACUUUGCCUGUGGAGGUCUGAUGUUCAGUUUCUUUGUUGACCCCUUGGUUCUGAACUGCACUGCAGCCCCUGACCUAUUUAAGGUGCCAGUCCCGUGGGAUCACAGAGAAUCUUAAGUAACGAUCUAGUCUCAUAUAAUCCUAUUGUAUGACUAUUCCAGGUACACAAUACUAUACAGUAUGUGCUGUAUGUACAUGUACAUAUUAAUAUGUUAGGCGUAUAGAUUGGCAGAACUCCCCCUAUACACAUGACUAGUAUACAGUAUGUUAUCCAUAUCCUGUCUGCUGUUUCCCAUUUCUCCUGUCUCUUGAUUUGUCGCCUUGUCCUUGUCAUCCGUCUCAAGUGUAUUAUAUCCUCUCCCCAUUUCAGUCCUCCCUUCUUUUACUCAAAAGUGGUUUAAUGUUCAGCUGAAGUUGUCGAAAGCAAUCAAUACUCGGUCUGUGAUGAAACCAUCUGAACUCAAGAUGGAAUUGUUGAUACUGCUGUCUUUUCUCCCCCCUCCUAUUUUCUCUUCUCUAUGCUCUUCUUUAUCUCCUUUUUCCCUAUUGUUCCUUCUUUCUCUUCCUCUGGCACAAUAUUAGUGACCCCCCCCC